GCUCUCAUCCGUUCGCUCCACCUGGGAUAUUACAAAAGUUCAACUUCGUGAGCAAAAGUUCGCGCCCGCCGCAACGCAAGAAAGAGUCCUUCAACCUGCAAAAACGGUGGAGAAGGUGCUUGCUCGUGAGCAGUUUGUGCACGGCCAGUAGUGAGCUGUUGUCCGUGGUGAGUGUUUGUUCGAAGAAGGAAAAGCUCCUGGAUUUUCUUUGGAUUUUUUUCCAGAGGGAAAUUCAACGCUGAGCGCCCAAGUGUGUCAAAUUGAGUGAUAUUUUCGGUGAUUAAAUUGUGUGGAAUUUAACAGCUUGAAGUUUCGGGCAAAUCUACCGCAGCGAAACGAAAUUUGGUGCGAAAUUUUCCACACAAAAGAGUGAAAUCGAACCGCACGCGGAAAAUUCCCGGGAAAACCGAAGCGCGGCUUGGUGUCACGGUGUCGAGUGACGAUAAGCGCCAAGAAGACGUGUUUCGCAAGCAAUUUCCUGCUCCAGUGUUCAAGUUUCGUCUGCUGACUGACUGACUGCCUUGUGAGCAGCUAGAAGCAUUCCAGGAGUUUGGUGAACUUUCGCGAGCCGCGAGCACAGCACAGCAGGUUGCACAUCAAUUUUUCAACAGUUCAUAAACAGAUUCGGACCCCGCCGCACGAACUUCCCCGACAACAACAUGAAGGCGACCGCGCUGUGGGCGGCCAUCGGAGCGGUUCUGGUGUUCAGCGGUACCGCGAACGCGUGGGGUGGCCUGUUUAACCGAUUCUCGCCGGAAAUGCUGGCCAACAUGGGCUACGGUAGCCACGGGGGAGCGUACCGGCCGCAGGCCUUUCUGCAGAACGAAAUCCUAGACGAGGACCAGCAGAACCAGCGCGUGGAGGAGGAUGUCUGCUACGGAAAGCCUUGCUACUCCAACGAGAACUGCUGCCCAGGGCUUGUCUGCGUAAACGUCGACGGAGUUCCGCCUCUUUCAGUCAUUGGCCACUGCGUGUUCCCGCUGGGCCGCAAGUACGGCGAACUGUGCCGCCGGGACUCGGACUGCGAAUCGGGCCUCGUCUGCGACAUCUCGACCCUGAGCGGGGCCAGCGUGUGCCGGCCGCCGAUGGUGCUGGCCAAGCAGUACGCCGAGGAUUGCAUGACGUCCAGCGAUUGCGACAUCUCACGAGGACUUUGCUGCCAGGUGCAGAGAAGACAUCGACAAGUGGCCCGCAAGGUUUGCUCUUACUUCAAGGACCCUCUGCUCUGCAUUGGAACUGUUGCUGCUGAUCAGGUCAAACACGAAAUCGAGCACACCGCCGGCGAGAAACGAAUCAUCUACAACAAGCACUAAGCAGCAGCUGCGCCUAAUCUAGCGGAUGCUUAAGCCCAAAAACCGACUAACCAAAUAGAAAAAAAAAACAAGAUGGCGGAUGGAUUCCGCUAAACGGAAAAAUCAAACGGCCCCCCAAAAACCAGAACAGAACAAAACCAAACAAAUGACAUUUAAUCAAAAGUAGUGUACAGCGUUGCAGCUGCUACAGGCCGCAACUGGUUCGGUUUUCCAUAGUUGAACAGAUAUUUGAAACCUUUAUUUUCCGCGUUUUAUCCGAGUUACCAAGUUGAAUAGUUAGGGAGAGGCUUCUACCAGGCAGGGAUGUGAAGAAAAAUAUGUGAAGUGCGCACCAAUAAGUUGGCAGAGAGUGACCCGUUAAACUAUAUACAUAUUAUACAUAUUGAUGAUGAGAAGCAAGAGUCUUUAAACAAAAAUCACACCUUUAAAAAAAAACUAGCAGAGUUGGUUGUUUUUGCCUGACUUGGACAGCAAACGGCAAAGCAAAAAAUCCAAACCAUGUAUUUACUGUGUACUGACAAACUUUAAGAAAGUUUUCACUCGUUGUGGUACCCCGUAGUUUAGAGAGAUUAUAUGAUAAAAGGAGGUUAAAAAAACAGAGACAAAGCAGACGACAUCCACACAGAGACACUAUGAAAAUGAAAACUAAUACAUAUCAAUCAAUGUCCUUAUUGUCCUUGCAGAUAACAAUUAAAUUGAAGCAUUUUUUUCCUUUUUAUCAAGACAAGCAACAAGUGUAAGUGUUAAGCAUAGCGUGUAAUAAAAACAAAAGAGUAAACUUUUCCGACAAAUCCCUCCAUUUAAGCGAGAAGGAUUGAAAAACACUUAAGGAAUGAAAAGAUUUACGAACCAUUCAAAGGCUUCCUCAUCAAUAAUCUUGUCGUUCCCGUUCCCUUUCAACAAAAAAAAAAAAAAACAUUGCUAUAAAAUGUUUUGAAAUUUUCGCUUUAACUCGCGAAAAGAAACGAUAUCCUAACUCAAUUCAACACUGAUCGAAUUUAUUCGCAAUCACAGCUUCCCCCACCCCUGAAAAUGAUGAUAACGCCUAAAUGUAGGCAACGCUCGGCAGUUUCCCAGCCCCCCAGGGGUCUCUUCGCAGUAAAACUCAUUUUAACCGUGGUCAGCACACCAACGUGGCCGACAUCAAGGCUGAUCGAUGACGUGGCGCAAUUUAUUGGACGCAAACCACGUUGUUUACACACUUUGUUCCAUUAUUGCGCAUCAGUUUGCCGCGAUGCAGGCGAAACGCUCGUACAAAUAUACGUCGGACUUUUGCUAAUAAUUGUUUUUCGCUGACAAACAACCGCCACGUACGUGUGCGAUACCAUCUAGAACUACAAACUAUGUUUACGCAGAUCCUUUCAACGUCCACUUGGGAGAAAAAUGUGUGAAGACAGUGGACGGGACAGCAAAUUGAAGAGUCACAGAUAUUAUACUGAUAUAAUCGGUUCUUAUGCAAAGAAACAUAUCGUUAUAUUAAAAAUUAAUGAGAUAAUAGGUUUAAACAAGCUACCAACUAAGCCUAGGACAUAACAAAACACACUUAACAACAAUAUAUCAUAUUGGCUGAGGCAUUUACUUAUCGUAUGUUAAGUAUAUACUAAUAUAUAUAAUCUAAAAAUACAACUGAACAAGAGUAUCUCUAAAGGCAACAAAUGAAAAUCAAACAUUGGAGCAAGAGAGAAAGAGCAACAUGCCCUGAAGAAGUUAUGGUUAAAUUAUCCAAUAGUACACAAGGAAAGUAAAAACAAAA